UCCCAGGCUAACUAACCAUCAGACGGCUGUUUAGACAGGAGACAUGGGACUGUGGAGUCACCGAGGGGGGGAAACUCUUCUCCAAAACAACUCAAACCCAGGGAAAGAAGUCUCAUCCAGCCAGAGGAAAUGAAAUGGAGUUUCUACUUGUACACGUGUAUUGAUUUCUACUCAGUAAAAGACCGAACGAGAAGACUUAAAUGACCACUGAAGUUAUCCGUGCUUUUUUGCUACCUAGGGCAAAGUGCCACACCUUCGCUUAGCGCAACAGCUCUACUACACAGCUGGCCAAAUGGGGUGCCAAUGCUGCAGGAUGAUAAAAAGCUACAUCUACGACCCCUCAGAGGUGGUGGAUGGCAGGAAGACGGACUCUGCGGACAGAUCACUCUACCAGCCGCACCAGCUGCCACGCUGCGACCCGCUGCAGAAGCAGAAGGAGGGCUUCAACAACCUGGGCUACAGCAAGUCCAACGACAGCACGCUGAAACUGGAGGUGGACAACAACCACGUCAACCACAGGCUGCACGCCGCACCCGCCAACGAGCACUGGCAGGCGACGGCGCCCCCCACAGAUGGAGGUCUGUACAUCAUCCAGCCAGAUGCUCCAGGACCGAGAUGGGUUAUCCAGGAAAGAGGACCGAGCCAAGUACCCGUUUACCCCAACAGACAGGAGAACCAGAGGAGCUUCUCCGAGCAGGAACGCCACGUGACGCGGAGCAGGUGGGACAACGGCGUAACAGAGUGUGUGAUCAUUAGCGACAGCCUGUCCGCAGACGAGAUAGACGAGGGCGUAGGAGGGACGCCGGAGUACCUGUGUGACACGGGGGACGAAGCCAGCAUCCUGUCGGUGGACAUCCAGACCAGCACAACCAGCCUGUCCUCGGGCGACACCAGGGACGGGCUCGGACUGCCAAAGGCUCUGGACGUUUCAACGGUCGAGAGCGGGAUCUCAGUGAUGAAGAGCGAGGACGAGGAGGAGGAGGAGAAAGGGGAGGUGAAUAGCGUCACAGACUCUAUGGUGGCGGAGGCUCUGGCUGCUCUGGAGGCAGCGACAGCGGGGGAGGACUGCGAGUGACAGAACGCCUCUCGCUUAUCCCCCCCAAAACAAACUCACAGACCUGAAUGCAACUUGACGGUGUGUUCAAAGCCACCAUGUAACUUUAAUGAUCGAAUGAAGGAAAACAAAAUAAGUACAGAUUUAUUUUUGAACUCAAUCUUGUAUAUUUUUUUAUUUUGGACACUUUGACGGAAGAUGUUCGCCUUGUGAAGGAGGCAACUUUUCCAGCGCCACGAGUGAAGAGUUUGACUAGACUAUUACUAUCAACCCUUUCAAAUGAAGUGUGUCUAACACUCCAGUCCUAACAGGCCUUUACGUGCUCAUUCACUGCUUUGCCAUGUCCAUACUGCCCUUGUUCAGGUGUUCGUAAAGGAAACCUGACACUUUAAUCGCAUUUUUGCUUCAUUUUGGAGCAUAGCUAUGCUAAUUGCUAGCAUAGAGCUAAUUGUGAACACACAGUGCUCGCCAUAGCUUGCUGUCUCUUCAGGAAUGUCGCCCUCGUUUCACUGAGCGGGCGAGAGAGGAAAGGUCAUCUCAUGUUUUUUUUAUCAUAAUGUCUUCGGUUUUUAUUUAUAAUAUCCUCACUUGCGUUGAUUUAUUCUGAGAAGAAACCGGACGUUGUUUGCAGCGAUAUAGCAGGAUGGAGGAAGAGCGAGCGGUCCUUAUUUAUAACUUUUUGUGUCAUUUCAUCAGAAUUAAGCAGAAUGAAUAUCUACUUGGAAAUUUAGGAAAAUUAGUUUACACUGUUGUUACGUCUUCACACACACUGACCACUGUUUGUUUUUCUGUCAAUUAAUAAUGUAACUGAUUGCACAACAUCACAGAGAGACCAUUUUAGUUUCUGCAGCCUUUCAACCUUAACUAGACCAGAGGGGGAACCAUAAAGCUGCUUCGACAGAGCCAUGCUUUCUCACAGAUAGACACAUUGUAGCCUGCCAGACAAACCCUAAAAUCCCAGUCAGAGAGAUAACAUAUACCAUGAUGAUUGUAAUCAACUGACUCCCUGCGCGUUCCCAUAAAUGGUGUUGGUUUUGAGCAUCAUUUGACUCAAAACACACAAGAUUUAACAUUUUUUGGGGGGAGUAUUUGAUACCAGUGUAUUGUAUGAUCAACAAUUGCUUUGCUCCUUUAAGCAAAUUAGGGAUUUGUCAUAUUGUGGUAUACAAACAAGCUUGACUUGGACUGGCCUUUUAGUCUCGCAACAUGGUACACCCCUCAGAGAAUCAUUGGAUAAUAAACCACACAUGAGCCACCACCCCACUAGCUUUGUUAUUUAACAGGUCAGGCUUUGUGUUUCUAGCUGGACUCUGACAUUAGUUCACCCUGCAGCCUUAUAAGGAAGUGAUUGUGGUUAGAUGAUGAGUGUGUUGAUGCAAAAUAAGAUGUUUUGCUGAAUGAAGUUCUGAAUUUGUUUCACUGCGACUCCCCCUUAUCACACCUGCCAAAUCAUUCCUAUACUACAUCAUAUUUGUAUUGUAAAAUAAAGGAAUUUACUUAAAACAUA